ACCCAGACUGGAGGGCAGUGGCACAGUCACAGCUCACUGUGGUCUCCACCUCUUGAGCUCCAGAGAUCCUCCCACCUCACUCAGGAGGACACCAGUCCUGCAGGCAGACAUCAGGCCCCGGAUGGACCCUGGACUCAAGGUGUACACCAGGCCCCAAGUUGACAGCUAGGCCACAGAUGGACACCAAAGCCCUAGGUGGACAGCAGGCCCAUUUGAACACCAGACUCCUGUGGACAUCAGGCUGCAGGUAGACACCAUGCCUUAGGUAGAUACAUAGGCUCCAGGUGGACAUUAGACCCAAGGUACACAGCCAGUUCCCAGGAGAACAUCAGACCCAGGUGAAAACUCAGGCCUUAGGCGCACAUCCGGCCUUAAGUAGACACCCAGGCCCCAGGUUGAUACCCAAGUCCCAGGUGAUCACCAGACCCCAGGUGGACACAAGGCCUUAGGAGAACAACAAGACCCAGUAAGCCAUCAGGCCCCAGCUGGAUACAGUCCCCAGGUGAACACAAGGCCCCAAAAGGAACAUAGGCCCAAGGCAGACAUCAGGCCCUAGGUGGAAAUCAGGCCUGAGGAGGACAUCUGGCCCCCGGUGAACAUCAGGCACAGAUGUCCAAGCAGGCCCUGGGUGAACAUAAUGGUUUCUAGGUAAGGAGUUGUCCUGGGGGGAGGGUGAGCAGUCAGCAGCCCAGUGGAGUCCUGAGUAGGACUUAUGGAAGAAAGGGGUCAAGGGGACGGAACCUUAAAGAAGCGACCUCACUUCCUCGAUGACAUAUCCAACAGAACUUAGAACUCUGGUAACCAGGCGCCCAGAUCCUAGGGUCAGCCCAGUAACCAGCUCACUUGGUGGGAGACACUCGAGAGAGCAAGAUGUUCUCGUGUUGCUUCCCCACUUCGAGAGGCUGCUGCUUCAGGAAUGGAGGGAGUGAGAGCCUUUUCCGACGAUGCCGAAGAAGGCUCAUCCCUCACCCCAGACGCCUGUGGCCUUUUGUAAGAAGGCGCACCCAGGUACCACAGGGCAGCGAAGGGCAGGCCCUAGCAGGCCAUGCCACACCAGAGGUCCCAUCGGGGCUGCAUCUGCACAUUGUCCCUGUCCAGGAGGAGAUUCGGGAGCCCAUGGAGGCACAGGCACAUGCUCCUGGUCCAUUUGAAGAAAUAGGAGCAUUUCCAGCACCAGCUGUUGAGCCAGAGCCAGCAUGGGAAGAGUCCCCUCCAGAGACAGCGCUGGAGCUGGAGGGAGUUCCGGCCAAGGACCAGCCCAAUGAGGAGCUGCCUGAAAUUAUGGAGGUGCUUGAGGGCAUUAAAAGAAGACUGGGAGGAAGAAGAUCUCCAGCAGCUCCCUCCUGCACCCAGUAG